UUCCCGCAAGCGUCGUGCGUCAGCUGAAGCACGUCCUGUGGGACCGCAUAUCGGGCGUCGGGGUGAUGUGUAGGCUAUCAAAACUCACUGUCCGAGGUUUUCCAAAUGGGGAACCGACAUAUGACCUUGCUCACUUUGGUCGUGUCUGACGGGCGCCACUUCGAGUCCAAGAUCCCGACGAUGGGCCGGGAUUCGCCGAACUCGUACCGUCGAGGGCUGAUUGAGAAGACAAAGGAGUCGUUGUCCUCAGUCGUGCGUUCUGGGUCGAGCAGCAUGAACAAAGGCGGGGAACUGGAGUGCAGAUCCUCCUCUUUGCGAUGCAGUGCUCCGUUGGCGGUCCCGCAUUGAUCCAAAAGCGUGUACACGCCCGAGAUAUCACGAUCGAAUUGAGUGUUGGACGGAGCACUAAUCCGCAGCUUCGAGUACACCUUCUUGUCCCGAAACUCAUCGUCCGUCAAGCCCAGCCUCGUUUCCCAGGAUGGAACCAGUUCGCCUUCCCCAGAGAUUUCGACCUGUGCGCUCGAGAACUGAGGCAAGCAGACUUCCCAAGCGCCGGAGAAGAGGCCAUCUGAGCAGCGCAAUCGAGCCACAGGCGCCUUGAGGAUCUUACGGAUCUCUGCUCUCGCCGGCUCUGUCUCGCCGGCUUUAGCGUACAGCCGCCACUCGGGCUGCUGCGGAUGCAAAUGCAGUUCCAGCUGCGCAAACGGAGAUUGGUAGCACGCGAC